UUAUUGUUAUUAAAUCGUAUUUAGAUUAAAUUCUCAAGAUCUUUUUGGUGCUUUUUGUUUUUGCAAAAAUGAAAUCCAUUGUUUUAUUAUCGUUUGUUUACUACUGUGCGCUGGUGAUUAAUAUUAUUAAUUGUGUCAAUGCCACAACUCCGGAAGAACCUAAAAAGCUGCAAGUGGAAAUAUUCUAUGAAACCCUAUGUCCGGAUAGUAUGCUUUUUAUACGCAAUCAAAUCUAUACCUCAAUGAAAACAAACGAAUGGCUUCCUUAUACGGACUUGGAAUUCAUACCCUAUGGAAAAGUUGGUGUAUGGACAGAUCCCGCUACAAAUAUAACCAAUCUCUAUUGUCAACAUGGCCAACGGGAGUGUGAAUUGAAUGCUCUGCAUGCCUGUAUUGUGGAGCAUAAUACAAUCGAAGAACAAUUGGAAAUGUUCAAUUGUUUGCUAAAUGGUUAUUCCACUGAUGUUGAUGUGUGCUCCAAACGUUUGGAUAUUGAUGUAAGCGAUGCUAAAAAAUGUAAAAAUACACGCAACAUAAAUGACAUUUUAAAAAAAUAUGGCGAUAAAACGGAUGCAAUAGAAAUUUCAUUUGUGCCCUCAAUUGGCUUGGGAGGGGUAUUUGAUCCCUGGAAGCAACGUGCCAUUUUACAUAAUUUCUCUAGAGUAUUUUGUCGUAAAUAUAAAGAAAAAUUUGGUAUUACUUUAGAAAAAUGUUAAAAAAGUUAAACAAAA